AUGGACGGCAGCGUAGAAAAACGAGUCCUCAGACCUAGAGGAACAGCUCCAAAACCACCCACUGAGGGUCCUCCAGAAUCAACGGACAAACUACCCGCAGUAGCUGAGUCUGCAAUACUUCCGUCGGAGCACUCUACAUGCAGCUCAAUUGCAUCAGAGCGAAGCCGCAGUAGUAGCCACUCGUCUGUUCGCAUGCGUGCUGUGGAAAAGCAGCAGGAGUAUGAAGCCGCCAAGCGACGACUCGAGCUGGAAAGAGCCACGAUGGCCCAGAGCAAAGAGUUUGACGAGCGACUACUGGCAGCACAGCGAACAAGAGAGGAGCUGGCACUGCGUGAAAGACAAAUGGAGUUGGCCCAGGCACGGCUGGUCGCCGAACAUGAAGAAAGCCGCAUCCUGAAGGAAAAGGAACAAUUUGCUCGACAGAUUGAGCUCGAGAGACAAUUACAAACUGCUGAACUCAAUUUUAAUCUGGCUAGGACGCGAGCUUCGCGCAACCAGUCGAAAGUCUCUUUCCACCAGCCGCGAGCUUCGCGCAACCAGUCGCGAGUCUCGCGCAACAAGCCGCGAGCUACGCGCAACCCGUCGCGAGCUUCGCGCAACCAGGCACAAGUCUCGUGCAACCCGUCGCAAGCUUCGCGCAACCAGUCGCAAGUCUCGUGCAACCCGUUGCGAGCUUCGCGCAACCAGUCGCAAGUCUCGUGCAACCCGUCGCGACCUUCGCUCAAUCCGUCGCGAGCUUCGCGCAACCAGCCGCGAGCUUCGCGCAAUUCGCGCAACCGGCCGCGAGUUUCGCUCAUCCCGUCGCGAGGCAAACGCACCUUUCCGCGGACCAUGCACGCCCUCUCGCGAGCCCCCUCGCGAAAGCGGGUCACACGCAAACCGCCGCGAGUUCCGCGCUCGCGUGGUCUGAGCCCUCUGCUCAGUGCCGCAUGA